GUUAUCAACCAUUGUCCCUUCACUUGUGCAACUUACGAAUAAUGGGUGGUAAGAGUCUCCACCCAAAAUUUCAUCUCACGCGAAAGAAAUAUGACAGACGAGACUACUACUAUGGUGCUCCAAAGGAUUGCCCUGUAGGAGCGCUCUUUCAGGAUCGGCAAACCCUCUCGCAGGCCAUGGUACAUGGCUUCACGCAGGCUGGUAUUCACGGGAACAUCGAAUCUGGUACUUAUUCUGUAGUUAUGUCUGGUGGCUACGAGGAUGAUGACGAUCAGGGGGAGUGGUUUUGGUACACCGGCGAAGGCGGUAGGUCUGCUGCGGGGAAGCAGAUCAAGGAUCAGAGUUGGAAAGACAAAGGUAAUAGAAGCUUAAUGAUGUCCACUAUGCAUCCACGAAGACCUGUCAGAGUUGUUAGAGCACACAUUGCCAAGUCGCCUUACGGACCUGCUGAAGGCUUACGAUACGAUGGACUCUAUCAAGUAAUUCGAGUAUGCACUGCAAAAGGGAAAUCAGGGCAUAAGAUCUGUAAAGCCCUGUUCAGACGGCUCGGGAACCAAGCUCCUCUUCCUUCACCACGGUGGACGGUCAGAAGACAAGGCGAAGAAAUUGAUGCGACGUUACGAAGAUCCUCUCGUGAUAUCGUUGAAUCCACGGGCUCUGAAGAAGGCUAUAGCUCCGGAUCUCAGGUGGAAGAGGCGGAAGAGGAAGAAGAGUUGGAUACAGAAACAGCAACAGAUUUCGUCUCGAAAUCGCCGAAUCCUGUUACCAGUAUCUUCGUCAGGAAGAGGCAGCGGAGUGAGGACGACUUAGAUGCACGGAUUACUCAAAGACCCCGAGAGUCGAUCAUUGAUCCUACCUGUACUCUUCCUGAGAAGGCCAGUUUAUCUUCUGUCCGGAGAAGAAAAUAUCAGAAUCUGCCCAAGAUUGCCAAGAUGAACAAAGAAAAUCAGUCAAGAAAAGAGAGUUGUUGA